AACGGAGUUCAGCUAAAUAUUCAUUUUCUCACAUCUCACGGCAAAUCGCGGCAGGCUUUUUAAAAAACACCCCUCCCCCUUUUCCUAGAGCCUGAGUGCCUUUAGUGGAGUCAGUGGAUUUCUUUUAUCAUCAGCAUCAUCACCACCACCACCACCCUUGUUUGGCGGGUGGCAAAGCCGCCCACCCCCAUCCGCGUUGGCCUUCCUUUUCAUGCCUUUUGACUAUGAACGUUUUUUGCCCGAUCUGAAGGCGCAGCAAGAAGAUCAUGUUGAGGCAACAACCAUCCCUGUACGAGCUGGUUGGCUACAGGCAGGCCCCCUCCGCCUUGCUUCCCAAACAGGCUCCUGACAGGUCAGAGUUUCCUCCAGAGCAGCUCCCGCAGGGACCCGGAAGCGCAAAGGGCGGCGGCCACGGCAGCAAGAGCGAGCCGAAGACUGAGCAGCAGCAGCUGCGGCGGAAGAUCAACAGUCGGGAGAGAAAGCGGAUGCAGGAUCUCAACUUGGCGAUGGACGCCUUGAGGGAAGUGAUCAUGCCUUACUCGGCAGCCCAUUGCCAGAGCUCACCAGGCAGGAAACUCUCCAAGAUCGCCACGCUGCUGCUGGCCAGGAACUACAUCCUCUUGCUGGGGAGUUCGUUGCAAGAGCUCCGGAGGAUCAUCGGCGAUCUCAGCGGCUCUGGUCCCAGGCUGCUGCUGGCCGGCCUGCCCCUCUUCGCCGCCGCUCCGGGCCCGGUGCUCCUGACGCCGGGCAACGUGAGCCACCAUCACCACCACCACCACCACCCGGACAGCCUGCGGCCGCCGACCAACAAAUACCUCGCAGUGUCCCUGGAGGAACAGCAGUGCGGCCAAGUCCACCUGCCUAGUGGGGCCAGCAGCCUGUGCACCUGCGCCAUUUGCAAGUUCCCCCACUUCAUGCCGUCCGGCCUCAGUUUGGCUGCCGUGCAGGCACAGUUCUCCAAGUGACCGCUCGUGACCUGGGAGGGCUGGAGGAGGCGACGGGGGCUGCAGCAAGCGGCGAUCGGACUUGGAGGGAGGGGCGGGCAGCGCAGUGGAGCCAGGACACGUGCGCAGACAGGACUGGCAGGGUGGAGCCCCGAGCUUGCCCUCCACCCAGCCAGGCGGAUGGAGACUCGGGAAAGCGACGCUGCGGGCCGUUUGGCGAGAAGUUGUAAAUCUUCGGGCUUCUGGAAAGGAGAGAACUUGCGUGUGUCUGGUGUCUUCUUGCCAAUCAGACGUCAGAUCACUCCUCGCCGUAGGGGUGGGGGGGGGAAAACCCUUGCUAAAUAAAAUGGCGCAAUGAAUAACCAAUACAAGUUGAACCGCUAAAGAUUCAGCUUCGUGAAUUUCAGCACGAUUGGAGUUGUAAUCCUGCCUUUGCACAUUUAUCUAGGAGUAAGUCUUAUCAAACCCAGUGGGACUUACUUCUGAGUAAAUGAGCAUAAAAUUGGGCUGCUUGUCCGUUGCCCCACUGAUCUUACACGUUGCUCAGCUCUCCCAUAGAAAUCAAUGGGACUUCUAAAAGUGCUUGACUGUAGCUGGAUUGUACUUCUGGUUCGUUGUCUGUUUCUCUUCACCCAGCGUAGCAACAAUUCGCUGUACCGCUAGCUCGUGUUGUCAUUUAUAAUGGCGUUGGCGACCCUAAAAAGUUGCUCUUUUUUCUAUUAUCUAGUUCUUUUUCCUUCUAGAUUGUAUAGUCCCUAAAGGUGCGUUAUUUGGAGAUAAUACCACCUCGCCCCAUCCUAGCCAUGUUUACCUGACUCGAAGUAAAUUCUACUGAACUGAAUAGUCCUUGCUUCAAAGUAUACAGAUUGUAAAUAUAGGAUUGUAGCUGUGCGGCACAAUUUUACACUAGUUUACUCAGCAGUAAGUUGCAUUGUCAAUGGGGCUUACUUUCUAGUGUAUUUAGGAUUGCAGUCUUACUAUACUAAAAGAAGAUGAAGAAUUUGUAACACACUGCAUUACUCUUGGGCAUAUAAUCCAUGAACUCCUGUGAUUCAUGGUGAUGGAUGAAAUGAAAAAGGCGUUUUCUUAAAGACAGGCAAAAGAUUAAAGAACUGUUGUACUUUCAUUUGUUAUCUUCUUAAAUCCUACAGAAAAAUAUAUAUAAAAUGAAAGUUAAAUUCCAUUCCUGUUCUAAUGUAAGAAAAGUUGGGGUAUAAGAAAACUCCAAAUUAGGAUAUCCAAAUAUGCUGACACCAAUAUAAAUGAUGGAUUUCUCGCCAACAGAUUGUUUUAAAUUCUGAUUGUUUAGUUUAUAAAUGGACCUGCUUAAGCAAGUCCAUAACAAAGGUUCUGAGACAGCCUUUCAAGAUACCUUUCCGUCAACAAAUGUUCCACAGAUAUAUAGAUGAAGCUUUAUAGUUUUAAAACAAUGUUACUGAUGUUUUAAAUGUUCUUGAUUGAAUAGUUUCAUAUUUUGUCAAUUUAUUUUUAAUUUUUAAAUGAUCAUGUUUUUUAAACAAUUGUACGACCCUGUGACUUGCAACUGUACAAUUAUAAUCAACAGAAAUAAACACUACACUAUUCACA